AUGUGUCUGAUUUUAACUACUGCAUUUCUAGAAGCUGAGAAUAAUAUAAAUACAUCUGAACCACCACAUUUCUUUGUUGUGGAUUGUGGGCUUUGCUUCUUCCUGUUUUCAGUUGGUGUUGAACAGAAAAUGGUUGAGGAUCAAGGAAAUUCUGAGGAAAGGAAAUCUCCUUGUAUAUCAGAUGUGGAUCCGAGGGCGUGUUCUUCAUCAAAAGAAGGGAAAGGGAAGCGAUUGUGGAAGAAGGUGAAGUACCAAUUAGAGGAGUACCAUUCGUUGCCUGGAUAUUUGAAGGACAAUGAAUAUAUUCUCCGUCAUUAUAGAUCUGAAUGGCCACUGAGGCAGACCUUGCUCAGCAUUUUCACUAUUCACAAUGAGACCCUCAAUGUUUGGACGCAUUUGUUAGGGUUCUUCCUGUUCCUUUGUUUGACCAUUUACACUGCUAUGAAGGCUCCAAAGGUGGUGGACCUCCCUACCCUACAAAAUUUGCCUGAAGUGUUGAGGAAAGCGGAUUUUCACAAAUUGCAGAUGGAACUUAGAACUUGCCUCCCAUCAUUGCCAAACAUGCCUGAUUUGCAGAGAUUUCAGCAGGAGUUGAAGACUUCAUUGCCUUCCAUGGAUUAUCUACCAUCCUUAUCUAAUUGGUAUAUCGUCGAACUCCUCUAUAACUGCUUGCCGGAGCAUUUUUCCAACAGCAAUCACACUGACGUGUGUGUUCUGCAUAGCAUGAAGGAGGAUGUUGCAAACAUAAUAGCACCACUGAUGGUGAGGCCAAUUACGCGAUGGCCAUUCUUCGCCUUCUUGGGUGGAGCCAUGUUUUGCUUGUUAUCAAGCAGUGCUUGUCACUUGCUUUCUUGUCAUUCUGAGCGCCUUUCUUACAUUAUGCUUAGAGUCGACUAUGCUGGGAUUGCUGCACUAAUUGCAACUUCCUUUUAUCCUCUUGUCUACUAUUCUUUCAUGUGCUAUCCUGUCUUCUGCAAUCUCUACAUUGGAUUCAUUACUCUUCUGGGUAUUGGUACGAUUUUGGUUUCUCUUCUUCCCGUAUUCCAAACGCCCGAAUAUCGUGGGUUUCGAGCAUCUCUCUUCUUUGGGAUGGGCAUAUCUGGUGUAGCUCCUAUUUUGCACAAGCUCAUCCUAUUUUGGCACCAACCCGAGGCACUCCAUACGACGGGUUACGAAGUUUUGAUGGGGGCAUUUUAUGGUAUUGGAGCACUAGUUUAUGCCACCAGAGUUCCGGAGAGGUGGAUGCCCGGAAAGUUUGAUAUUGCAGGGCACAGCCACCAACUUUUUCAUGUUCUUGUGGUUGCCGGAGCUUACACGCAUUACCAUGCAGGGGUCAUUUAUCUGAGGUGGCGAGAUGUGCACGGAUGUUGA